AUGUAUCAUUGUCUUGAAAAUUGAAUUUUCUAUAUCCAUUGGAGUAUCUUGUAUUUUAACACUAUCUAAACUCCAAAAUAUGAAUUGUGUUUACCCUUCCUAGGUAAACUUUUCACUUAUAGCCUUAUAGUUCCAUUAAUGAAUAAGAUUGUGCAUUUAUUUAAUAAAUAAAUUCAAUUAACAUAUAUAACUUCUUCAUUAUCCAAUUUUAACAGAUUGAUGUCUGUGUUUCAGGACCGAAUCCAUUGAUUACAAUAUCACCAGAUGGACUGAUGCUCUACCACUGUUACAUCUGCCCUCAUACAACUACUACUAGUAAGACAUUUACGCACCAUAUGAGAGGCCACGCAAAUGGAAGAGACUGCUUCAAGUGUAGACACUGUGAGCUACGGUUCCACUGUUUGGGAAGUUGGAGUAAACACAUGGGCAGUCAUGUUGAUGCGAAAAACUUUCAAUGUGAUAUAUGUGGGAUGAAACUAAAAAGCAGAUCGACAAAACAACAACAUCUUAAAACUCAUCAAUCAUUGAAUUUUGUGUGCUCACUUUGCGGUCAAGAAUUUAAAACUAGAAAAAGUUUAAUUUUUCACGAAUUGAGACAUAAUGAUAUAAGACUCCAUGUGUGCGAUGAAUGUGGGAAGUCAUUUACACAUCCCCAUUUAUUAAAAAGACAUCAAUCUUAUCACAAUAAACAAUUCAAAUGUCAAACCUGCGGGAAAAAGUUUGGCCUUAGGCAUAAUCUAAAAGUGCAUGAAUAUACUCACACUGGUGAAAAGCCACAUUGUUGUCAACAUUGUGGCAAGGGGUUUGCACAAACAACAUCUUUACAACACCACUACAAAAACUGUAAGUAGUACUAAACAGUUUGAAUCAUGAACAGUUCAAGAAAACUAUUUUAGAAUUUAGUUUAUUUCAAUCAAUAAAAGGCCACAGGUUCAUAAUUUUACAAAUAACACAACACAUGUUUACAUCAAUUUAGUAGAUAACAUAAAUCAAUUACUCGAUUUGAAGUCAUUAAAUGAAUAAAUUUUGUUAAGAAGGUAGAAUAUGAUAAAACAUCUUGAUGUGUUCUUCCCUUAGAUUCAUAGAUGAUGGACAAAUUAAAAUAAAAUGAUAUUUGUCCUCCAAAAUAUUUAUACUGGUAUAAUUCACAAAGAGGACAUUUCAAUUUCUAACAGACUAAACACAUCAACCCAAUCAAUGUAUCAAGUUCAACUUAUACAGUAUAUGGACAGUGUUUGGUGAUAGAUGUUCUGUGGUAUGCAUCUGUAACAAAUGGCACGUGACAUGACAUUUUGCAUGUUUAUGCCAUCUUAA